CCGCCUCCCCCCGCGGCGGCGGCGGCGACGGACGCGGGGGCGGCGGCUCGGGGGUGCUCCCCGCGGCGGCCGGCGGGACAUGGCGGGGAAGAGCCUCAGCCUCGGCGCCCUCAGCCUCGGCGCCCUGCUCCUGGCCGCCGCCGUGGGGGGUGCGGAGCCGCCCUCCCCGCCGCCGCCCGGCAGCUGCCGGGGCGUCCGCAAAGUUUUCCAGCUGCGGCGGCUCGGCUCCCUCAGGGGCAUCCCGGAGUCCCCGCGGGCGGGAGUUGAUCUCCAGGUUUGUACUUCUAAAAAUCCAACAUGCUGUACCAAAAAGAUGGAAGAAAGGUAUCAGACUGCAGCAAAGCAAGAUAUUCGGCAGGUGCUCCAAACAUCAAGCGCUACACUGAAAUUUUUAAUAUCUCGUAAUGCAGCUGCUUUUCAAGAAACCUUUGAAACACUUAUCAGACUGGCUGAGAAUUACACAAGCAUGCUUUUCUGUAAUGCAUAUAGAAACAUGGCUGCUGAGGCUACUACACAUGUGCAGGAGUUUUUCGUAGAUGUUGGACUCUUCAUAUUUGGCACAGACAUUAGCACAGAGGAAUUUGUCAACAGAUUUUUUGACACCCUCUUCCCGGUGGUCUACAACCGUGUGAUUAACCCUGGUUUGACUGACAUUUCACUGGAAUAUGCGGAGUGCCUCCAAAUGGCGAGAAGAGACAUCAGGCCCUUUGGUAAUGUUCCCAAAAAGGCCAUAGGACAAAUGGGAAGAUCACUGUUACCCAGCCGGACUUUCUUGCAGGCUCUGAAUUUGGGGAUUGAAGUGGUCAAUACAACAGAUCAUCUGCACUUCUCUAAAGACUGCGGCAGAGCCUUACUGAGAAUGCAGUACUGCCCCCAUUGCCAAGGGCUGACUUUAGGUAAGCCCUGUAUGGGCUACUGCCUCAAUGUCAUCCGAGGCUGCUUAGCUAACAUGGCAGAAAUCGAUCUUCAUUGGCGGGGUUAUAUUCAGUCCCUGGAGGAGCUCUCGAGUGCCAUGAGUGGGACAUACGACAUCGAGCACGUGCUUCUAAACUUUCAUUCACUUGUUAAUGACGCUCUCGUACAGGCUCGUAUCAAUGGACCAGAAUUAUCUGAGCAGGUGAUCAAGGUGUGUGGCCCUCCUGUAAGGAAGCCUACGCAGUCUCCAGGUUGCUCCUUUGAUCAGAACAGAGAUAAUCAAGGGUUGAAGAUGUUCUCAAGAGACAGUGAAGAAACCCUCGCCACCAGAAGAAAAGAAUUUAUCAGCCACCUCCGGCUCUACAGAGCCUUUUACGGCGGCCUGGCUGAUCAGCUGUGCAGUAAUGAGUUGGCAGCAGCCGAUGGACUCCCAUGUUGGAAUGGAGAAGAUGUUGUAAGAAGCUAUACUCAUCGUGUGGUUGGCAGUGGAAUCAAAGCUCAGUCUGCAAAUCCAGAAGUAAAAGUGAAGGGAACAGAUCCUGUAAUAAGUCAAAUUAUUGACAAGCUGAAACAUGUUAUUCAGCUGUUGCAGGGCAAAUCAUUUCCUAAAUAUGACAAAUGGGAUCUCCGGCAAACAGGCAGUGGUGGAGGUGUAGAUGAACAAAUCAGUGGAGAUUGUGAUGAUGAAGAUGGUUGCGGAGGAUCAGGAAGUGGAGAAGUCAGAAGAGUCCUGAAAACUACAGACUGGAUGCCAGACAAGACGAACCUCAGUGACGUAAAGCAAAUCCAUCAAACCAACGAUGGCAGCACUUUAGACACAACUGGAGUAGGAUGUACAACAAUGGAUGAUUAUAUGACAUUUAUGCUGAUUAGUUUGGUAACACUGUUUCUCAGUCUUUGGUAACUGCUUAGCUCUGGCUUGAUAUAUGUGUCUCAUUGUCGUCUGUUUGUCUCCACUCACAAGCCUGGAAUAAGGGAUCUGGUAGAUAUAGCAGUAUUUAUGAUAGCUUGCAUAAUAUCAGCCUCUCUGAUCUUAGGCCUGAAUAUUAACAAAGUUUUUCAUGUAAUAUUUUUCCUGUGGUUUUUUUUUUCCACACCUGUACAGUGACACAAAAUCAUGUUCCCUUUUAUAGUAUCUUAUGUUAAAAAUAAGUUGACUAUGCUAAUCUUUCUCUUAAAAGCAAUUUGUGAAAAAGAGAUCACAGGAACACCAAGUCAUGAAGUGGGUCCCAGGAGAUCAUCUAGACCAAGCAUGUGCUCAAAUCAGAGUCAACUAGAGCAAGCUGCCCAAGGCCAAAUCCAGCUGGUGUUUGAACGUCUCCAAGGAUAGAGACUUGACAGUCUCUCCGGGCAACCUGUUCUAGUGCUUGAACUCUCAUAGCUAAAAAGUUUUUUCUUACGUUUAAGCGUUAUCUGUUGUAUUUCAGUUUGUGCCCAUUGUCUCUUAUCCUAUCAUUGGGCACCACUAAAAGAGUUUGGCUUUGUCUUCUUUACUCCCCUUCAUAUACUUAGAUAAGAUCCCCCCUGCAUCUUCUCCAGGCCAGUCUCAGUUGUCUCAGCCUCUCCUUGUACAAGACUUGCUUCCAUCCCUUAAAAAUCUCCAUGCCCCUUUGCAGGACUCUACCCAAUGUAUCCACGUCUGUCUUGUCUUUGGGAGCCCAGACCUAGACACAGCACUGUAGAUAUGGUGUCACCAGUGCUGAGCAGAGGGGAAGAAUCACUCUUUUGACCUGCUGGCAAUGCUUUUUUUUAAUUCAGCCCAGGAGGAUGUUGGUUGUCUUUGCCACAAGGGCACAUUGUUGGCUCACGUUCAACUUGGUGUCCAUCAGGACACCCAGGUCCUUCUCUGCAAAGCUUCUUUCCAGCCAGCAUCCACUGGUGCAUGGGGUUAUUCCUCACUAGGUGGAGGACUUGACAUUUCCCUUUCUUCAUCUUCAUGAGGCUCCUAUUAAGCCAUUUCUCCAGUCCAUCAGGGUCCCUUUGAAUGGCAGAACAACUCUGGUGUACCAGCUGCUCCUCCCAUAUGAGUAGCCUCUGUGAAAACUUGCUGAGAGUGCACUCUGUUGCAUCAUGCAGGACAUUACUGAAUAAAUCACACAGUAUCAACCCCUGAGGUAAACCAGGAGUAACUGGUCUCCAUGUGGACUUUGUCCUGCUAUUCACAACCAUACACGUAACUGAUAGCAACUGAUGAAACUGUUGCUCAGCACUUUAUGAUGCUUAUAUUUAAAGUCUUCUGGGUCAUGAACCUGAAACCAGAAACUGUUGAAUUUGGUCAUCUGUCUUUCUCCAAAAAGGAAAAAAUCCACAGUGUAAACUCAGCUAAUUUAAGUAGUAAUUACUUUUCAUAGUUCAGAAAAACUACAUUUUAGAUACUGUAUACAUAUAUGCAGAUGUAACUUAUAACUGCAUUUUAUCUAGAGAUAACAGCAAGGUUAGGAUUCAAUGUUGGAUUAAGGUAUCUUAAUCUAUAUGUCUCCAUAAAGAUAUUUACAUACGUGCUGUAUAUCUAUUACGUAUGUGCUCUAUAUCUCUAAGCUGUCACUGCAGUAAGUGGAAAUACAGGGUAACAUUCAAUUGCUAAAAUGCUAUCACCAAUUGAUGUAAAAAAACCCACCCAGUGUCCAGCUACUGCUCUGAAGGGCCUCAGGUCUUUCUGCAGGCAAGUGACUGGAGCCCUUUGUCAACAUAGUCAAUGAAGCCCAGUGCAUUAUUCAGCUCAUAUAAAGGCAGACAACUAAGAAAGCAACUCAGUUGCCCAAAAGUAAGUGCCUGGUGCCAUACAAGAUCUCUUGGAGUAUCCAAGACAUCCUCACGGGACUGGCAUAUAUGAUGCAGGACUUACGGGAAAUUCCAGAGGCUUCCUUAAAGGGGAACCACCCAGAGAGGCAUCUGGUAGCUGAGUGGGACAUUCUUGUGUUUCUCAAAUAGACCUAGACACUCAUAUGCAGGCCCAUGAAUCAAAUGCCAAGUCUCCAACAGUAAAAUCAGGACCUUAGAUACCUAGUUGAAGCGGUGACACACGAAUGCAAACCUGAAUCACAACAUGAAUCCCAGUUCAAGUUCUUAUGCUUUAUAAAAUGAGGCAAGCUAAAGUGUUCCACAGUACUAAUGGUACAUUAUAUAAUACUGUUAUAAGAUUUGAUUAUCCUGCCAUGACGAAUUCCCAUGUAAUUUUAAACAGAAAGUAUUUAAGAACAUUUUGUAGCUAUUUCUCCAUUACAGUCCUUUACAAGAGAAAAAAAAAUAAAAUAGUACAGUAUUGUAUGCAGUCAUACGAUAUAUAGAACUCUUCCUAGACAGUAAAAAAGUUAAUUUUAUAUGAGCCUAAUAUAAAGAAACAUAUGUAAAUACUUUUAUUCCCAAAUGCAUGCAUUAGUCAUUAGUGCACACAGUAUAACAUACAGGUAAAGAGAUAUAAAAUUCCAAAAAGUAAGUGAACAUUCCUAAGAGCAAAUCCAUGCCCAGAUAAACAUCAUUAAUAGGCAUGUGCGCCAGUGUGUACAUUUUACUUGACCUCUUUUUUCUUUUGCAGGCUUUUUAAACCAGUCUUUCAAAUUCACUUGCCUUGCUGUCUCAGCAUACACUGAAUUUAUCGGUAAUUCAGGGAAAGAAAAUUUGAUUUCAUUCUUUUCUUUUUCAUGCCCGCUCAAACCAGUAAUCAAUCUAGUCCAGCAACAUUUUUUCUGAACAAUGACCAGUAUCAGUCACUUCAAGGAAAAUAGAAUAAAGUUUUCAAUAGGAGAAUCAGAAAUAGCAAAAAAAUUCUACCGAUACUAAUGACCUAAAAUUUAUUUAUAUCCUGAAGCACUUGUUUCCAUUCUUCACUCUUGUGUUUUUUCAAGACCUUACCGAUGGCACCAGGCAGUCAAGGAGACAAUAGUUUAUUCUAUAGCACCUUGGAAACACAAGCCCUAUUUUCAAAUGAUAGUAAUUAGGUCCUACGGCCUCUUUGGGUAUAUGCUAAUUACUAGUCUGUGUUGCUCCUCAGUUUUUUCAUGGCAUGUUCCCCUUAUCUUCUACACCAUACCUACACAAAAUAAUUUCUAUGAUUCCUUCUGGAGUAGAAAAUUAGGUCUCUCCUUGCCAGACGCAUGCGAACAAACUAGUGGCAAUACGAACACCAUAGCAGCAGGUCUGGAGAUCUCUCACUGGCCCCUCAGCCGUGAGACCUCAUUCACCCUUGUGUCCCAUCUCUCUCUAGGCAGCACCAUACACUCUACAUCAUUGCUUAGAUGUAUAUGUCUGCCAGGCUGCAUCACAGUUCUUUCAUCAUAUCUACCAUGCUAUAAAGCAUUAUCCUGGUUUCUUAAAAAAAAAUUUAAAAAUCAUUAAAGUGGCUCAGAGCAAGGAGAAGGAAGCCAAGGCUGGCAAUCUAUCACACCAUUACCUUGUGGGGACAUAGCAAGAUGUUUAAGUGUAGCUCCAAGUUUGGCAACUGUAAAAAAAAAACACACACACACAAAAAAAAACCAAACACAAAAAAACCAAUCUCAAAUUUUGUCUGUGUUAAAGCCAACAGCGAAAUGAGGAAUAGCACUGAGCAGAAAAAUGCAGAGUAUGUUAGAGAAGGCAGCAAGACAAAAAGAAAAAAAGGCUAAACUGGAGAUCAUGACAGUACACUCUAAAAACAUCUGUAUCCACAUAAAAUGGUGGUUGGUAUGCAGUACGCAUGUGAGCCACUCUGGGUCAAUUGCUUUAGGAUGCAGAGGCUUCUCCCAACAGCAGGUCAUACAGGCAGCACAGGGCUGCCAUUGAGCUCCCCAGAUGAUCUGAGAAAUGGCACCUGGGUCUUGGUUGUGCCGAGUACUUUCAUUUGUCUUUACUCAGAUAUUUUUAACAGUCUAAAACUUCUCUGUAUCUCCCAAAACCUUUAGUGAAUGAGACUUUUUUUUGUUUGCUUUCUUUUAAAUAAACUUUUCAUGUAUUAUAGCUGAUAUGGUUUAAAGUAGGAAUGCUUUACUCAAAGUGUACCAUUUUUCAGACUGACACUCGUUCAAAUGCUGUUUAUACUAAAAUUGCAAUGGAUAUCACUAUUAAAGUUGUGUAACUGGUCUCAGUACAACUGAAAAAACCCAGCAACCAUAAGGUGAGAGUGCUUUGUAGGGAAUAAUUUCUUAGAGGACAGUGUAGUUACUUGUAAAAUAAUAUUUCGGAAAAACAAUAAUUCUAAAAAAUACAUUUUAAAAAAUGCUUUUUAUCUGAUAAGAUCUAGCUAUUAUUCUUCAAUGUCCAUUUUUUAUUUUCUUUAUGUACCUGUACGUUUAAAUGUACCUAUACCUCCUGGGAAAAAAAUUACUGAAGUAGUUUUUCUCAUAACUAAUGUCCUAGCACUUUAAAUAAAUAUUUCAAGGUGACAGCUUUCCUAAAUGUAACUGAUAAAAGAGAACAAAAAGCAUUUAUUUCCUUCUGAAGCAUGACUAAUAAAAGAUGAAGCAUAACUAUAGCGAUGUAACAGGUUAUCUUUGUCUUUCUCUCUUUCUAUAGAUAGAUAGGUACACAUAUACAUAAUUUAUUUCUCUAUACCUGUAUUUUUAUAUGUUUACUAUUAUUCUUGUUCAGAUUAUAACAGGGUUUAGAUAAACCUAUCAAAGAUUUCAGAUUAACCUUAAUAUUUCCAUAGCAUCUUCUCAGAAGCAUGAAUUAAAAUAAGUGGUUGAAGCUAUCUCUGCUUAGGUUUUUUUAAGUUCAGUUCUUAUCUGAAAUAAUUGUGUAAAUGUGAAUCUUAUUCGGCAAAUUAUGCUUUUUUUUUUAUGUGCUCCGAGUCACAACUGAUUAAAAUUAAAUAAUAUGCUUCUAACCAUGUUAGACUAAAAACCUAAUGUAGCAGUAGUAAAACCCAGAUUCUUCUCUUGCAAAUCUCAGCAAAUUAUUAAUAUAGUUCAAACUCCUAAUUCUUUCUUCCUGGUGAUGGAUGAACAAAAAAUCUGGCCUGACAGAUUUUGCCAGACAAAAUUUGUAUGUCUGGCAGCUGGAAACUUUACCUUUUACUUUAGUUUGGAACUUGUAAAUGUGAAAUGCUAAAGACAAUAUACCUGGUACCCCAUGAAGCUCUUUUACCAGCUCAUACUGAAGAAUAACAUGCUGCGCUUCUGUGGUUGGGAGGACUCGGUCAAUGGAUCUCAUCACCCUCUACAGCGCAGAGGGCUGUGCUAAGAUCACCUGCUGUGCAUGCCUAAUUUAAGUGUCACAACUACGGCUCUCCAGGUUUGCGAGGCAGUCUAAGUCAAUUGUUAGUCUCUUGAAGUUAAGUCAUAUAGAGAUUUUUCUCAGUGGCAGUUUCUGUUUUUUCCUGCUUCUCUCAAUGUCACUUUCUUACCGUUUUUGCUGGUACGAGGGUUUACAGGACCGUAGAGUGAAACUGGUUGGGGUAUUUCUGACCCAAAUUAUCUCCUUAAUCCAGUUCAUCUUGCAUCCCCACAGACAAUGGCACUGGCGCAAUGGAAGGGGUGGCCAUAGUGCUCAUGGCAGUUUAGUCACACGUAUAUAGAGAAUAGAUACAACAUUAGGUACAACAAAAAUUAUUAAUAGCAUAAACACAUAGUGAAAAGAAUUGUUUUUGCUGUUGCACCUUGUGCAAUGAUUCAGACUUCAAUAUCUAAAGCAGGACACAGCCACUGAAAAAAUCAUAGCAAAGUCAGAUUUUAUUCAUACACAUACCACACAUGAAAGGCUAUAACAGAUCUCUUUUACCAAUGGGCAAAAGCAUACUGCCCAAUACCUACAUCAGUAUACCUUACCCUGAGCCUUUUUCCUUUCUUUGUCUCCUAUAGCUGUGUCUCCUACACAUUGGUAUUGUAUAGUAGGAGAAUUUGCUUCCCUGUUUACUAGUACUUUAUUUUCUUUAUAUAUAUAGCUAACACCUUUGUGCUGGCUUUUAAAAAUAUUUUUCAUGUCUGUUGGUAUUCCUACUUCUUGGCAGACAGAGGUAUUCGUGAAAUCCUUGUCCUUCAGCUUUUUAUUUCUAAAAAGAUGAGAGGUUUAUCAAGGAAAAUGAAAUAUGGGACACCAGACCUUCAAAAAGGUAAAAAGCAACAUGAUCCUGAAGAGUAAACAUUGCUUGUCAUGCAUAUCUUCAGUAAGCUAUAAAAAAAUGCUGUAUUUGUGAUUUCAGAGCAUUAGCAGGACUGGUAAUUAAUGCAUGGGCCAGGUUCUUCUUUUAGACAUUUGUGAUACUACUUAAAUCCAUGGAUAUAAAUGCAAGCAUAGCUUGGUUUUGUAUUAUCUACAUGCAAAAGUGAACUGAUACAUUUAGUACAAUGAGAUUGUUCUGAGAAAGGCAUCACAACAUUACAGGUAAUAGCAAUUUGUAUUUAUUUUCUCUAUACUGGUUAUAUGUAUACCAUGACAAAUAAAAAAAUAAUUAUAAAAAAUUAUAUUGUGAACUUUUACCUAUAUGACUCUAAGGAAAAAAUCCUGUAUUUUUCUGUGGAAUAUGUUACUUGAUAAAAUUUUUGGCAUUUUAGUAAUAUAAACAGCAAGGGUAAGA